GCUGGCGCACAGACGGAAUUCGAGGUGACAGUGACCAAACAACGGAGUGAUGGGCACGUGAGUGAAGCCGGACUUUUCAGCAAACAGGGCAUUCUCAGCACGGUCUCCUCUCACCCUGCUGUGCUUUCGGGGCAAGCUUCAGCAAAUCUCUUUUUCCUUUGAUAGUGAACACACGAUGCUGUUGGUGUGAGAACACUGGAGAUGCCUGUUGGCUGCUCGAAAGCAAUUGUUGUGCGUCACAUCUCCUUUCGGAUUCCUUGCUCGGGAUAUCGUGUGCAUGGUCCUAUGCCUAUUCGGCGGAGGUCCGCUGAUUGAAUUUUCUGCAGGAGGGGGCCAGUGAUCUGGCCUCGUGUGGGCAGAAGCUGUACGGUAUCUCGUGUAGGUGUUCCCAAAGGAAGUUGCAGUGCAUUGCAGGUAACUAACUCUCUGCUAUGUACGAGGCUGAAGGCCAACCUGGCUGUGUGAUAACACAGCUGUCUGUGCAGUGUCUUAAGGGUGCACACGACGCCGCGGAUUCAGCCCCCGAGUAAUGAUGACGAUCAGCCCCCGAGUAAUGAUGACGAUCUACAACUUGUCACAGCAUAGUGGUGUGCAGACGAAUGGCUGGGCCGUGCUUCACGAGUCCAUCCAAAUUAUAACUCGAGAGAGGCACUCUCAGGGGUCCCAGGUUGUUGAUUGAACUCCACGGCCUUUCAGAAUUCUGCUGCUCUGCUGUGCAGGUCGAGAAUACCGAACACAGCUCCAUGGAGGGUCAGGAGCACAGGCAUUGCAGCUUCUUCAACGAGGGAACAUUGUGGAGCCAAUCCACCCGGGCAGGGAAUCGAGGUUGUACUGAGCCCGAGACCCAGCUGAGAAACAGUGGGUUGAUGCUCAAGAAGAUGAUCACGAGGUGCUCUCAGACUCUUGAGCCGGAUUCCGGGGGGAUGCGACUUACCUUGUUCUCAAGAGAACUGAGGAGGUGGCUGGCAAACAGAUAUUUGCAUGAUUUGCAUUGGAUUAACACGCGGUCAAUUUGUGCGCACAACUCUCUCGUCACCCUGGAGAGAAGUUGUGGUGGGAAUUUGUGGAUGCUGCCGACACCUGCAUUGGCUGUUGUGAUCUGGGAUCUUCUUACAUACAUAUGCAUUGGUUGGAAAUCCAAGCAAGGUCUGCAGACCUCAGCGGAUGUCCUGAAGCUUAAGCAAUUGUUGUGGCAAAGGACUGCAGCUCUUUCUCCCCAGUCUGUGGAAGUGCUUGGAUUGUUUCCAGACAGGGUUUUGUAGAGGCACAGUUGGGGAAAGCACAUCUACAUUAUUGCUCAUUUGACGCGAUUUAGUCAGUGUGUCCGACGCUCUCGCCCAACAUUCUCUCCCGACGUGUGUGCAGAUGGGGGGCGUGAUUUCAGUCUCUGAUGUAUGUGUUUCUUCCCGAGGCGAGGGGAUUUCGGUGUUCUGCUGCGCUUCGCUGGGGCAAAACGAACUUUUGGAGUCGCACAGAAGGCUGUAGCCCAAAGUGGAGCUGUACAAUGAGAGGAGGAGGGAGAUCGGGGCAUCUAUGCUGGGAGCAAGCGGAACUCGCUGUCGAGGGAUCUUGCAUGCGUCUUCCAGCGGACUGUUCCCAAGGCUAUAUAGCGUGCUGAACGUGACGAGCACUCUUGCAGGUAUGUAGAGUGCAUUGCAGGAGCUAGUCCUUGAGGUUUUGCCCCUUGAAGUCCAUGCUUGCACCAAAGGAAUUUUGAGGUUAUGUACGAGCCACAGGACGACAAAUGUAGAUGAACCGAAAUUUCCCAUGCGACUUUACUGUGCCUGGCCAUGAACCAGAGUUAAAAGAGUCGAUGGCUGGGAGAACACGAACACUCUAGUGACGAGUGCAUCGUAGAAUAUAUUCGAAAAGACUGAUUUUCAGGCUGUGGGCCUCGGCUCCGAGCCUGGCUUAUUGUUAUGAAAUCCUGACCUAAGGUCUGACUAACUAUAAUGGUUAUAUAGCUGUUAUAGUUGUCAAAUAGAAUGAGACUUAUCCUGCUAUGGAUGGGGACAGUGAUAAUCUAAUGACAAUUAUGACAUAUGUAGAGCAUGAUGUUUAGCCUGAGCGCUCUGAAAAGUAGAUUUACCAAUGCUCUGAAGGCCAUAUCUUUAGGCAAGUAAGAGUGGUAUAUCAAGUAACCGACCGGCGAAUCGUGUUCUGUUUUCCGUUUGUUUUUUUUUUUAACUUUUUUUCGUUUUUACUUCGCAUCCAAUGCAAGUCGUUGGUGAUACUGAACUCGGUUCUCUUCAAACUGAAAAAAUCGCCUUCGUGUGGAUUUCGACGUUCUCAAGGAGGAUGGGGAUGUGAGCAGUGUGAGGGAGGAAGACGUCGUCGAUGGCAUUUUAUCAGGGGGAGUCAAAGAGUGUUGUUUGUGGUGACUGGUAAACUUUCCAGAACUCAUUAAUUGAUGAAAAAAAACAAAAGAGAAAUGCCUAU